CCUGAAGCUCUCCAAGUCUAAGAUCUCUCCAGCUUGGCACCAGGAGCUACACUGAAUUUCAAAGUUCGAGCAUCACUUUACUUCAUCACUUCUCGCUUGCCGUUUUGUCAGUAUGCAGUUUUUGGCCAGCUUAGUGUCUCUUUUGCUGGUGCUGUACAGUGUCAGAGCUGUGGCUUUGCUUCCAGUGGAGGAAAGAAACCCAGUGCACAGUAGGGAGCUGAGCAAGGAACGCAAAGAGUUGAUCCUAAAGCUGAUCUCUGGUCUCCUGGAUGGAGUAGACAACAACGUGCUGUCCGAAGAGAUAGCGCCAGCCCCCUUGGACAUGGAGGAGCCCCUGGAGUCCCGUCUGGAGGAAAGGGCCGUCUAUAACCGGUUAUCACAGCUUCCGCAGCGCGAUCGCAAAGCCCCCUGCAAAAACUUCUUCUGGAAGACCUUCACGUCGUGCUAACAUCGCUGGCCCAGCAGCGAUUCCUCAAUUCUCCCUGAUGAAUGACAUGAACUGUGUAGACCUUCACUGUACAUAUCAUCUCCAGUGUCUGAAGAAAGGUCUCUCUGGACUUACUCUGACACAGUCUGUUUGUUAAAGACAUUGAUGAUUAUAUUUAUUUAUUUAUUGAUUGGUUAAUUAAGGUAUUUAUGGACUGUUUUGCUUUUCAGUAUUAAAAAAGAAUAAAGCAUGGUUAAGAUAUUAGUUUUUUUAUUGAUGAAGGAUGUUUCAUUCACUGUGGACAACGUCAGGAUCAAAGUAUUCGAUUAUGUUAAACUGACACUGAGGAAUAAAUGUACAAUUGAUAGAUUGCAGAUGAUGUAUUCAUAAAUGUAUUUCUGAAUGAAUGGACCUCGCAUAUGUUAAAGUAUCAUUUUAUGGCAUUUGGAUGAGCAGUGGUUUACGGACACUUAAUACACCAAAUGAAAGAAUUGACACUUUUUGUGGUGGUUAUAAUUUUUCCUUGUCAUUGAAUUAUAUGUAAUUGCAGCUGA